CACCACUACCACCACCCCCACCCCACCUCCUCUUGAUAUUAAAAUUUAAAAGUUGGAGGCGAGGCAGCAGGGACCGUGGUCAAGGAUGGACGAGCAGCCUCGGUUGAUGCACUCCCACGGGGUAGGCAUGGCCGGACACCCCGGCCUGGCGCAGCAUAUGCAGGAUGGCACGGCGGGGACGGACGGAGAGGGAAGGAAGCAGGACAUCGGAGACAUAUUACAGCAAAUAAUGACCAUCACAGACCAAAGCUUAGACGAAGCACAGGCGAGGAAACAUGCACUGAACUGCCACAGAAUGAAACCUGCUCUCUUCAACGUCUUGUGUGAAAUAAAGGAAAAAACAGUGCUCAGUAUCCGUGGCGCUCAGGAGGAGGAGCCUCCAGAUCCUCAGCUGAUGCGACUGGACAACAUGCUGCUGGCGGAGGGCGUGGCCGGGCCGGAGAAAGGGGGCGGGUCGGCAGCUGCGGCAGCUGCAGCAGCCGCCACAGGCGGCGUUGGUGCUGACAACUCAGCAGAACACUCCGACUACCGGGCCAAGCUGACUCAGAUCCGACAAAUUUACCACACGGAGCUGGAGAAGUAUGAACAGGCGUGCAAUGAGUUCACUACCCAUGUGAUGAACCUGCUGAGGGAGCAGUCUCGAACACGACCCAUCUCUCCCAAAGAGAUCGAGCGCAUGGUCGGCAUCAUCCACCGCAAGUUCAGCUCCAUCCAGAUGCAGCUGAAACAGAGCACCUGCGAGGCCGUCAUGAUCCUGCGCUCACGCUUUCUCGACGCCAGACGAAAGAGGAGGAACUUCAACAAACAGGCGACAGAGAUCCUAAACGAGUACUUUUACUCCCAUCUCAGUAACCCCUAUCCCAGCGAGGAGGCCAAAGAGGAGCUGGCCAAGAAAUGCAGCAUCACAGUGUCACAGGUAUCAAACUGGUUUGGGAACAAGAGAAUCCGAUACAAGAAAAACAUCGGCAAGUUCCAAGAAGAGGCCAACAUGUAUGCAGCAAGGACCGCAGUCACUGCAACCAGUGUGUCUGCUCACGGCAGCCAGGCAAACUCACCAUCAACCCCCAAUUCAGCAGGUUCUGCUGGCUCUUUUAACAUGUCAAACUCCGGAGACUUGUUCAUGAGUGUGCAGUCCCUCAAUGGGGACUCGUACCAAGGGGGGCAGGUUGGGGCCAACAUACAAUCCCAGGUGGAUACCCUUCGCCAUGUUAUCAGCCAGACCGGAGGAUACAGUGACAGCCUCGCAGCCAGCCAGAUGUACAGUCCACAGGCCAUCAACGUAAGACCUACAAAUGGUGGCUGGCAAGAUGCUCCGACUCCUUCGUCAGUGACAUCGCCCACAGAAGGACCCGGGAGCGUUCAUUCGGAUACUUCCAACUGAAUAUAUCCAUCUCCACACCUCAUCUACAAAACCACAUGGACUGACCUUGUUAUUCACAGUACUAAACAAAGGAGAUCUCUGUCCCACAGUUUGGAGAGGUACUGUGAAAAUCCUAACCAGAAAAAAAAAAAGAUAUUUCCUCUGCUUAUAACGUUGGACAUUUGGGAUACAAACACAAAGUUUCACAAUAAAAAUCCAAACAAUAUCGCAAUCCAUGGAGACGUUUGUACAGAUUUCACAUUAUAUUGAGGGGGCUGGGGUUACUCAUUCACUCAUAAUGUUUUCACUCAUAAUGAUAAAAUGAUAUGAUAAAGUAAAUAAAUCAAAUCAUUGGUUUUAACUGAAAAUACUUCAUUCUACCUCUCAGCCACUUAAAAAAGUAGAAAAAAUAUGUCAGUGACCAUUAUUUGUUUUGUAAAAAUGAAACUUUUGUCUUUGCAAGCAAGAGGCACAUCUUCUUACUUACAUUUUGUUGUCUCUCACCUAUUCUAUGGUACGCCAUUUAGACUUAAAUAUUGCUCAGUUGUUUACAAUGUGUGCUUGAUAAAAGUAUGUUCAUCAUCUUCCCCUCUGUCUUCGACAAGUCAAAACAGAGUUCUGUCAGGAGAUUUUACCUCUAAGGUAACCCUGUGAAGUAUGUUAUCUGUAAAACAAUAAAUAAAUACUUGUCAUCAAAUCGGACAAGCUUGACAUCAUUCAUUAAGACGGAGGAUAUAUCAACUUAAAAGCUAAUUAUUUUUCACUCUGUUGGUUUUGGUUCUGCAGCAUAUUGGUAGAGUGACAGUCACAGAAUUGCAGGAUUCACUGAUGCAAUGAGAAAAACAGGAAUUUUGUUGAUCUAUGCUGGACAAGGAGAAAACUUUUUUUUUAUUUACUUGAAUCCUUUAUGAUAUUUGUAUUGUUUCCCACCACCACUACAGAAGAAAAGUUUUCAACGAUGCCAAAAUGCUGAUGUAACCAAAUCAAAACUGUCAAGAAAAAAGGGUGUGCUAUCAUGAAGUCACUUAUAAUAUAUUCUUUCAGCAAAUAUAUACAUCAUUAUGUCUUUUUCUACUCAUUCAAAUUGCCAUCUUCUGUCAUUUAGCUCUGGUGCUACAAUCGAGUGAACAAUACCGUGUCGUUGAGAGAAAUACAAGAAAGAAAUAUCACUUUCUGCAGAAAAGAAAGUUUGUCAAGAACGUCUGUAACUGAGUUUGUUUUUCAAUACAUGAACCACAAUCCACUUAAACAGGGAAGUCAUUAUGUUAAUAGAGUUUUACGCGCUCACACAGUGGAUCCUUGCUCCUGAAUCUACAGCACAGGUCCAGAGAUGCUUUAGCAUGGAGCCACUGAUCAUCGCCAUGAAAAAAGCAUCUGGAUGUACCUGAACUGCUGCUCUGCUCUAACGAGGGCACUUUGAUGUAAAGAUAAUGUUGCGUUCCACAUUUUGAUGAAUUGUUGUCCUCUUCUGGGCGUUUAUUUACAUAUAAAUCAUUGAAGUCAGUAUAUUAUUCUGCUGGUACUGCUUUAGUAACCCUAGAAUUGACACCAAAACAAAUGUAGACAUUUGAAUUCAUGCUUGUCUCAGUACUAUCAAACUGAUUUUUUUUCAGUAUCAAACAUUUAUGAGCAUUGUAAAUGUUAACCAUUAAGCACUAAAGAAGGGACAAGUCAUUAUGUCAAAUAAUGUGUUUUCUGAGCAGUCUAACCUUGUUUAUAGACACUUUUUAUGUUGUGUGGCCUAUUUGUUUUUUGUAUUUUGUUAUGUUUUUUUAUGGUAUGCUUAAUGUAGGCUAUUACUUUUUUUUGCUUUCCUACUCUUGUGAAUUAGCUCAUGAACUUUCAACAUGUGUUUAUGUGCACCAUUGUGCUUGACUUGCUUUGUUGGAAAGGGUUUUCAACACAUUAAAAAAUGAUAUGUAAUACA